GAAGAAAUUGAAUUCGUUGUCAUGACAACGUAUGUCUCUGAGAAAACAGAUGUAAUGUCUGUGGUCGAAGGAGAAAGGGUUUACCUUAUUGAGAAGACAAGCAGUGAUUGGUGGUUUGUAAAGAAACACCUGACGCAGGAGAAAGGACUCGUUCCUGUGGAUAUCCUGAAGGAUGUACUAACUUAUACCCACUUUCUCAAAGAGAAGAUUGACGAGAAGAUUAAAAAGUUACCUGUUUUUGGAAAACCCAGACCAGGAGAGAAAAUGGUGCCACCAAAGUUUGUUAAGAAGCUUCAACCUCUUUGUAUUCCUGAUGGUCAACCUGCCACUUUUGAAUGUCAAGUAAGUGGCCAUCCACGUCCAACCAUCACAUGGUUCCGGCAAACACAGAUUAUCAAACCUUCUUCUGAAUUCCAA